CAAAUCAUUUAGCUUGUUUGUCUAACUUUUUAUAAAUUUACGUUGCAAAUUUAAAUUAUUGGCAUAGCUAUUACAAUGAAAGUCUUGAUUGGAAUUAUUUUAUUGUGCUUUGCCUCUGUCAAUUGUGCUGUUGUUAAAGCAACGGAAACAAAUGAAGAGAUUUAUGCAAGGAUCACAAAAGAAUGUGAUGAUAGUUGGAAUGGAAGAUAUAUUGAUCCAUUCAAUUGUCGAAGCUACAAUCGUUGUGUGUUGAGUGUUUUGGUUAAGAAAGACUGUCCCGUUGGCCUUGGUUAUGAUCCUAUUAGUCAAGUGUGUAAACCGCAAGUCCAAGGAUGUACAAUUACGGGAAUUCCAAAAGAAGAAACCAUUGAAGAGUAUAUGGAAAGGAUCACAGAGGAAUGUGCAGAUUUAGUGGACCUAAAUAAAAGAUAUAUGAAUCCAUUUUGUUGUGAUUGCUACUAUCGUUGUAAUAGAGUUUUAGUUUUGAAUGCCUGUGACGUAGGCCUUGGUUUUGAUCCUAAACUUGAAAAGUGUACCCCGGAGGCAUGUUCAAAAAAGUAA